CCUUCUCCUUCUGUUUGCACGUAAAAAUAACAAAGCGGUACCCACUCUGUUAGGAGAGAGGAAAGUAGAGAACGAAAGAGAAACAAUAACAAUAACAAAAAUAAAAUAAAAUCGAUGAUGUUACUAUACUCAUGAGAAUCGAGGAAGGAGAAGAACGACUUUAAUGGCGGAAAUUUGCUGUGAAGUAUCAAUAACUGAGGGAGAGAAUAAUCCAGUGCUUUCUACUGUAUGUGAAUCAACCUCUUCUCGAGCUGCUAGGAGACGUAGGAUGGAGAUCAGACGCUUCAAAUUCGUUGCUGGAGUUCCAUCAACUAAUAAUAAUAUAAAUAUUAAUACUAGCUGUAAUAAUAGUAAUACUACUGACGAUGAUGAUGACCACUCUGGAAUAAUCGACGCAACGAAGCGUCCAAGGAUAGAAUUCGCUGGUGCGCCUUCUUCGUCGUCUCCUAAAGAAUGCAUUGUUUCUAACGCGGUUGAGAGUAGCGUCGUUUCAGUUGAUCGUGUUCGGGAGAUGAUUACUUCUAGUGACAAUAACAAAAAAUCGUCGUCAGAAGAGGAGUCUGCUUCGACGACGUCGCUUUAUCAGAAUUCAGUUUUCAACAUUGACUACAAUUUUGUUCCCAAAUUUGGCGUCGCUUCGGUUUGUGGAAGGCGACGAGAUAUGGAAGAUGCGAUCGCUGUUCAUCCUUCAUUUCUCCAGUCGGAGAAUAAUUCUUCCGAUUCCACCUGUUCGGAAUUGCAUUACUUCGGUGUUUACGACGGUCAUGGCUGUUCUCAUGUAGCGACGAGGUGUAGAGAGCGAAUGCACGAGUUAGUGAAGGAAGAGUUGGUGGCGGUGCCAGAGUGGAAGUUAGCGAUGGAGAGAAGCUUCAGUAGGAUGGAUAAAGAAGCGAUCGCAUGGAACGAAGGAGUAAUUGGUAGUUGCAGAUGUGAAUUGCAGACGCCGGAAUGCGACGCCGUGGGAUCCACCGCAGUUGUUGCCAUUGUUACACCUGGUAAAAUUAUCGUUGCCAAUUGCGGCGAUUCUCGCGCCGUUCUAUGCCGUAAAGGCAAGGCCUUCCCUCUUUCUUCCGACCACAAGCCGGACCGACCCGAUGAGUUGAACCGGAUCCAAGAAGCUGGCGGUCGGGUCAUAUAUUGGGAUGGAGCUCGGGUCCUUGGAGUUCUAGCCAUGUCUAGAGCCAUCGGAGAUAACUACUUGAAGCCAUAUGUGAGCUGUGAGCCAGAGGUGACGAUAAUGGACCGAUCAGUAGACGAUGACUGUCUAAUAUUAGCAAGUGAUGGGUUGUGGGAUGUGGUGUCAAACGACACAGCUUGUGGGGUGGCAAGAAUGUGCUUAAGAGGCAAGGUGCCACCAACGACAACCCCGGAAGUUGAACAGAUCACCGGUGUUGGAGAAGGAAUGGCAGAUAAAGCAUGUACUGAUGCUUCAAUGUUGCUUACCAAGUUGGCUCUAGCAAGGCACAGCACCGAUAAUGUAAGUGUUGUCGUCGUUAAUCUAAGGAAGGAUACCUAGAAAAGCCGGCGGGCAGCUUCCGCUUAACGAAGUGUACGCAAAAAUACUACUCCGUUGGUAGCUAGAACAAAGUGAAGAAUGGAAGUGGGUGAAAAACGAAUGCCCCUCCAUUGUUUUUAAUCUUUUUUUGAAUCACAUUUAGUUUUAGGUAGUUUUAUCCUCUUUUUCUCUCUUACUCCUUUUGGUGGGCUUACUAUUGUUUUAAGGUUUUUGAGAGAGAAGGAGAGUGUUUUCUCCAAAUGCAAAAAACAAAAAACAAAUAUUGCAAGAAUUAGAGAGGCUUAGGCAGGAGGAUCUCGUGUUGUAAGGGGAAAGUAAUACCCAAAAUGCAUUAAUGAAUGUAUGAAAUACCUCCAAAGUUGGAACA